UUAUUUAUACUUCCUUUUAGUUGCUAGAUAACUCCUUGGAAACUUAUUGAUAUGUUGAGUUCUUAAACACUAUUCUUAAGUUCUAUUCCUUGGAUAUUUACUCUCCCCUAUUACUCCUUUUUAUUCUUCCAAACAGAUAUUUAUUUAAAUCGUGCCUAUAAGUCAUGUCUCUCCAACCGAAAGAAAAUAGUCACGACUUCCUGGCCAUCAAUAUUGUUCCGGGACCUUUUAUGCUGCUGGCGGCCGUGUGCAUAGUUCUGCGUUUCGUUCACCAUCGCCGGAAGGGAAUUGUUUGGUGGGACGAUUGGGCCAUCUUGGCAGCAUUCGUUACGGGCGCUGGGGCAUAUAUUUCAGGUCUUCUAUGUGCCUUAGCAGGUUACCGCAUCGACGAGUAUACGAUUUCGCAGUUGAAUACAUGUGCGAAGACGGGCCUCGCGGGCGAAGUUCUCUAUACGGUCAGCGUUGCGUUCUCCAAGAUCUCGGUUUUGCUGUUUUAUAAACGCAUAUUUGAUGUCGAUACGCAAUUCCUGCUGUUUGCACGCAUCAUGACAAUCCUCAUUGUCGAGGCUUGCUUCAUGUACACGUUCGGUCUUAUCUUCACUAAUAUCCCGGCAAAAACACAGUGGAAUGUCAAUAUGCUUCAUACGUCAAUAAACGGCAUGGCAUUCUAUGUGACCAUGGGCACUAUCAACAUACUCAUAGACGUAGUUAUCAUAGGCUUGGUCCAGUGGAAAGUAUGGAAGUUGCAGAUGGCUUAUCGGCGUAAACUUUGGAUAUCUUUUCUAUUUCUCCUAGCUAUAUCAUCUGUUGCCUUCGGUAUUUUACGCAUUGUCUAUACCGGCACUAUGAACCCCAACAAUGCUGCGUAUACUUUGACGCUUGCUUGGCUAUGGGCGAUUCUGGAACUUUUCUUAUAUAUCAUCUGCGCUUGUCUGCCCAUCGUCUAUAACCUCUACCGCUCAAUAUUCCCCAGCCGUUCCAAGAAUGACACAUGGAAAGCCAAUGCGAUCCAGUACCCCCAGGUGAUGCCUGGCAAUAACCUUCUUAAAGAAAAGAGGAGCAAAUAUCACGAAUUACACGAGGAUACGUGUGCUUUCGAUAAUUUCGUUGCGUACGGGGCUCAAAACGAAGACCUAAAGAAAACACAGAGCACAGAACAUUUAGCUCGUCCGGAACGAAUAUUAUACCAUGAGGAGAUCUAUGGCCAACUCGAAAUUUUAAAAAAGAAUUAUGCAGCGGAGCAGAGGUAUAUAGGUAUAGGUACCUCUGUGUAGUCCAUGCCACCAGGCCGUUUAAGCUGGUUCUUUAGCUUUCAAGGGACGUCGUUUAACCUGGACGCCUCGGUCUUGGACGGCCUAAUAGACCAUCUCUUGACCAGAAAGCUAUUUUCCUUAAAAAGGCUUACUGUGAUAGGCGCCGGAAUAGGGGUGCUAACUAUCCGUCUCGUGGAGGCAAUGAAGUAUAAGGGCGUGGGCUAGUAGGAGCAGCAUGACUACCUAAUAAAACUAAUAUCCCAACAGUUUUCUUCGGGCUAGUUAUGCCAAAGGGAGGUUUUAUAGCAAGCAGCCUUGGGAAAAGGAAUUCCUGGGUCUUUGAUGUCUCCCAAGAUCUCGUUCAGAAAUUUGACCUGAGCUAUUAUGUU